CUGAGCUCACACACUGUGAGACCGCUCUCUCGUUUCACACAGCGCUUGUGACAAAAGGGGGGAUUUUCAAACAUCCUGAAUGAGAGGAUUGCGCUUGCCCUCGGCACACGCCGCAUCUCUAAAGAAACUUUACGUUUCACAGCAAGCAAAGUUUUAGUUUUUGUGUGACAGGGAAGAGGAAACAUCAGCUUGGCCUCGUUUUCAACAGCUGGAAGAGAAGUUCAGCAUGGGCUAGCAGCAAUUUUUCUCAUAGAGCUGGAGCCUACUACACAAAAAGGUGGAGGAGGAUGAGUGUUUACACUGUCAACCUCAGGUUAUUUUGGCCGCUGGCCACUUGUAUCGUUUCGGUUCUGCUGCUGCUGCACCAUAUCAUCUUUAAAGCUUCUGAAGACCAAGGGAAAGACUGCUCCGACCAAGGACCGGGAGUUAUCACACUGUUUAAGUACAUCUUAGCUUUUAUCUUAUGUUACUUCUUCAUUAGGUACUGCUCAACCCAGCCUAGAUCUUCAAAAAGGUGUUUCUACAAAUUUCCUGAGGUACAUGCAAAAUCUGGAGUCUCCAGGAGGGAGCUGCUGGACGAUCACUUUGAGAGGCACGUGCGUCUCUCUCCACAUGUGUUGGGCCACAGCAAAGCUCAUGUUGCCAAGUUGGUGAGUGAACUUGUGAGGGUGGGGCGCGCCGACGUCCCACCCGAGUCUUCUCUGGCCUUCCGAGGUGACUUUAUACAGAUUGGCAGCUCAUAUGAGGAGCACAAGGUCGGCUCACCUGACUGCUUUGACAUACUUGUGCCUCUGCGGACCCCUAGGGGGCUUAAACUUGAGGCUGGUGUUUGGACGGACAAACGUGGAGGGCCGCCGUUGUGCACGCUGAACACCCCUCGCAAGGCGGAGUGGACAAGACGUCACAAAGCCUUCACCGACACAUUCAUGCACCUACAUGGUGCUCAAAGUGCUUACAGGAUGAGUCCAGACUCCAUCCAGCGCUGGUUUUACACAGCCACCCAGCGCUGCCUCGCUGCCGUACGUUACCCGUUUGAGCAGCGCUGUUCCCUCAGCCUGUCUCUCGGUGAGGAGCAGCAGGUGUUGCUGCGAAUGAUGCCCCGCUCUGAUUACGUCUGCUGCCACAUCUCCAUGGGCAUUCGACUGAUCCCAGCUUUUCCUCUCGGUGAUGGAGCCUUCUUGGUUGCAUCCCAGCAGGCUCAGCAAGGAGAGGAUCUCUGGACGGUGUAUUUUCCCAAGCAAGAGCAGAAACUUCUAGCAUGGCUAAAGGGAAGGUUGCCCUCAAACUCUUGUCAUCUGAAGUGCCUUCAACUACUUAAGGAGGUGAGGAACCUUGGUGGGGAGACGCUAGACCAGCAAUCUAGAGCUGAAUGGGGCAGGGUGCUUUCUUCCAAUGCUCUUAAGACUUCUUGGCUUCGUCUGCUGUUCAGUACACAACCUGAGGCCUGGGAAGAGUGCAACCUUGUGGACAGACUUGAUGAUCUUCUUCGCAGUCUAAGGGAGAGCUUACAGUCACGGGCUCUCUGCCAUUUACUGCUCGGGGGUGAUAAUGGGCUCCUGCCAGAGUCGGUCGCUCUGCCUAAACUCAUGAAGGAGACGGUACCCUCCAAUUUGUGGGCAGAAUUCAGUGACGUAACCCUUGAUAUGGUCUUCGCCCGACUGGUCUACUCUUGGAACCACCUCCCUCGUCUAAUUCGUCUUGGGCGGCCACAGAGGUCCAGCCUGGGCAGAGGUGUUCACUGCAAAUAUAUUGAUGUAGAGUAAAGGUCAACUAUAAAUGGUAUUGCUACACACACCUAUGAAUUGCUACAUAUUAUGUAGCCUAAAAUAAUAUCAGCUAUUUUUGAGCACUCGUCAUUAUGUGGAUUUUUUAUAUCUCCUUUUUGCAUCCAGCUGUGCAUAGGUUAAAAUUAUGUAUUAUAAUGUAGCAUUAAAGGCGGGGUGCACAAUUUUUGAAAAACACUUUGAAAAAGUACCAAGUCAAUCAGCAGUAAGGGGUGUGUCUACUAACCGACAUCAUUGCCUGGGUUGCGUAUGUGUGGGGCGGGUCUAUCAAAAGAAGGUCCAGAUUCUAUUGGGGUAGGGGCGUGUUUAAGUGAUUUCAAAUGUCAACAUUGGCUUUCAGAGAUCAUGCACCCCGCCUUUAAACCAAAAAUCCAAAUGUUGUAAAAUAAAAUACAAAGCACUAGAAUGAAUUGCAACAAAAAAUAGGUACAAUCUUUUUUUAUAUUGAAAUUUCAGAAGUUUUCACAUUGGUGUUUAUGCAAAAGUAUUUAAUAUUCCUAUAGAGAAGUCUUGUGUUUACAACAUGUUAAGACUUGAAAUUUUGACAUUUGAAAUUGGAAGGUGAAGCUUGUAAACUGAAAGUCAUUAGACUUGUGUUGACUCAGGGUGACCAUGAUGUCAAUAUUGUGGGGUAGUCAUGCAGUCUGUGGGUAGUGCGCAGUCAUAACAGAUUAAACAUCAAUGUUUUUCUACUCACCCACAGCAUUACUAAUGUCAUUCUCAACAGAUCUACAUCCUGUUAAGAUGGAAACAUUGCAGAGGGACCAAAAACUUUUUUCAUUGUUUCACUCUUUCUUAUUUGAUAAAUCGAUGAUUUCAGAUGGCCUUAUAACAAAGAAUGUUGUUUAGUAACUGUAACAUUUUCAGUAUUGCUUAAUUGAUACUUAGCUUUUCAUGGAUAAGUGACAUAAUUACUGUGGUGCUUUUGCCCACCUCAGCUCAGCCCACUUGAGUUUAAGGCACUGAUGGCAUGAUUUUACCUUUUUCCAGGGAUCCCAACAUGCAUGCACAUAAUCUUUUCCCACAUAAUUUUGUUGCCAUGGAGAUAUGCUACCUCAGCCUAAAGUGGCUUUGGUUUUAAUGGUUAAUUGCAUAGCAUUUACCUUUAAAAAGGCAGCAGAGGUUCAUAUUGAUCUCUUGCGGGUACUUGGUGGCACAGAAGUAGUUUGGUAUUUAGCUUUCUGCUCAGUUUUUUCAAAUCGUGGUCAUUUAUGUCAGACAGAUAGGAUAUAGUUCAAAGUAAAGAGAGGUCUGUCUAUUCUGAUUCCUCUCCUUCAAUGCACAAUGACACAUUUGUGUUACCUAAGCAAAGAAUUUUGGGGUGGUUCUUCGUUUCUGUUGCAAAAAAAAACAAAAACAGAACAAAAACUGAAAUAAGGAAAUAAAACAGGAAACAAGACUUAACUGUAGUCCAAGCAAUAUAAAAUAUACAGAAUAACUAAAGCUGAAUGUAUGUAAAAUAAUGUAUAACUUAUAUGUGAAUAAUGUAAACUGAUUGUAAAAUACAUUGUACUUGAUGUACAUAUAAAAGAAAUAUGAAAGACAAUCUGUAUGUAUGUAUAUAUAUAUAUAUAUA